CCAAUGAAACAGCUUCAUCCUCUACAUCAAUGAAUCUUGAAACUACCAGUACUGCUUCAAUUAAAAAAUCCUCCUCAAUGCUUAUAACUAGUUCUUCUAUUGCAUCAAGAACUUCAACUAUUAGCUCAAUGACUACAAUAUUAGCUACUUCAACAAGUACUACCUCUUCCUCAACCUCUUCAGCUUAUUCACCUCAAAGCUCUCAUUCCUCUACAGUAUCAAUAGGUACUACUGCAGUAGCUUCAACUUAUUCAAUGACUUCAAUCGAAUCCUCAACAGUAUCAAAAAUACUAGCAUCAUCAACAAUUUCAUCUUCAUUGCGGCAUACUAUAACGUCAAGUGAAUUCACACAAAAAGUGUCUACUUUUUCAACUACUUCAAUUCUUACAUCGAGCACUCCAAAUAUUUUAUCAAUAACAUCUCUUCAUACGUUACCCUCUUCAUUAUCCUCAUCCACUCUAUUGACUACAGUAUCAAACUCUACUUCAAUACCUCUUCCUACAUCAAGCAGUUCACCAAUCUCACCAACUAUACAAGUAGUAUCAAGCUCUACUUCAACUUCUCUUAGUGCAUUAACCUCAUUGUUUACCUCAUUCAUUCUAUCAUCAACUAAAGUGUUAGACUCUACUUCAAUGCCUACUUGUGCAUCAAGCAGUUUAAUAAUUUCACCCACUGAAGUAUCAACGUCUUCUUUAACACUUCUUACUCCAUUAAGCAGUUCAUCAUCUUCAAUCUCUACUACAAUAGUGAAUUAUACUUCAGUAUCUUUAAGUUCUUUAAGCUCUUCAAUUACCUCAUCAUCAGCUACACUAUCAAGCUCUCUUACUUCAUUAAAUAGCUCAUCCACUCUAAUAUUAAACUCUACUUCAAUGCCUCUUCUUACAUCAAGCAAUUCAUCUAUUCUUAUACCUACUGUAGUAUCAACCAUCACACCUCUUGCUUCAAUGAGCAGUUUAUCUCCCUCACUCACAACUACCAUUAUUUCAAUGCCUUUUAGUUCUUCGAGCAAUUCAAUUCCAUCAUCAACUGUAGUAUUGAAGUCUACUUCAACACUUCUUACUUCAUUAAGCAGUUCAUUACACUUGUAUUCUUCAACACCUGUUGCUUCAAUGAGCAGUUUAUCUCCCUCACUCACAACUACCAUUAUUUCAAUGCCUUUUAGUUCUUCGAGCAAUUCAAUUCCAUCAUCAACUGUAGUAUUGAAGUCUACUUCAACACUUCUUACUUCAUUAAGCAGUUCAUUACACUUGUAUUCUUCAACACCUCUUGCUUCAAUGAGUAGUUUGUCUCCCUCACUCACAACUACAGUAUCAAACUAUACUUCAACACCUAUUAGUUCAUUGAGCUCUUCAUUCAUGUCAUCAGUACACUCUACUUCAACACUACUUACUUCAUUAAGUAGUUCAAUACAUCCUACUUCAACACUUCUUACUUCAUUAAGUAGUUCAUCACACUCUACUUCAACAUUUCUUACUUCAUUAAGUAGUUCAUCACAUCCUACUUCAACACUACUUACUUCAUUAAGUAGUUCAUCACAUCCUACUUCAACACUACUUACUUCAUUAAGUAGUUCAUCACACUCUACUUCAACACUUCUUACUUCAUUAAGUAGUUCAUCACAUUCUACUUCAACAUUUCUUACUUCAUUAAGUAGUUCAUCACAUUCUUCUUUAACACCUCUUAGAUCGAUGAGUUCAUCAUCAACCUCCUCCACACUAUCAACUGCUUCAUCAAAAACUACUUCAUCAAAAACUACUUCAAUCUCUAUUACUCGAAUAGGGAAUACAAUUGUAGCUCCUACAACUAUUAGCAAACCAAACACCAUAAAAACUUCAACAAGUUCUAUAUCAACAGUCCAGUCAUUGACAAAGAGUGCAGUAACUUCUACAAAACCAAGCACUUUAAGUACUUCUACAGAUUUUUCAUCAAGUUUCUUCCAGUCGUCUAGCAAUAUUGCAUCUGCUCCUCCAAUAUCUGGCGACGUCUCAAUACUUUACUUUAUAAUAGUAGGGACAUUGGUACCAUUACUAUUGGUUAUGAUAGUAGUAAUAGUUAUCAUCAUCAUUGCAUUGGUUAUAAUGAAGAGGAGGGUAAAGAAGAAUUUAUACAUUGUCAAUGAAUCCCCUACUACUUCAGCUGAAGAAAUGCAAACUGAAACAAUACAAGCUUUCUCUCCAACUGAAGUAGUAUCAUUACCUCCAAUUGACAUUGGUGAACCAAUCGUAAUGAAUGAUAGUCUGCCUAAACCAAAAAAAACAAAAAGGGUAACAAUACAAGCUGAUACUCCAUUAGUACCUACGCAUCCGUUUAUAGAAGAGUUCCCUAACAAUUUGACAGCUGAGGUCGGUCAAGAAGUUCAUUUUAAAGUCAAAUUCAAAGGAACUCCUACCCCAUCUUUUAAUUGGUAUCAUAAUGGAGAGCCAGUGACUGAUGAUUAUGCUCAUGAGAUAAAAGGAGAUGGUAGUCUACUGCUAGUGAGUGUCGAGAAGAUACACAAAGGAGUAUAUGGUUUUGUUGCUAAUAACGAUGCUGGAACUGUUAGCCAACAAGUUGUACUCACAGUUACAGAGGAAGAGGCCAGGGUGCCAAGUGGUGCUGCUUCAAAUAUUGAGAUUAAUGCCAAUCUAAUACCUGUUGGAAAAUUUGGAGAAUUUGUUGCUGAUGGACACGCUAAUAAUGAUGAAGAGUUUAUGAAGCAAUAUGCACUGUUUCAUAAUGACUUGGAUAAGCAUGAGAUGACUAUUAGUGUGUCUCAAAAGAACAAACCAUUGAAUCGUUUUAGGAACGUAUUAGUAUAUGAUGAUAAUCGCAUUAUACUGAAGCCAUUGCCAAGUCACGAAGGUUGUCAAAAUGAUUACAUUAAUGCAAGCUUUAUUGAUGGCUAUUCAAGUGCUUAUAGAUACAUUGCAACACAAGGGCCAAUGGCUAAUACACUUGUUGACUUUUGGCGGUUGAUCUGGCAGGAAAAGCCGCACGUUAUUGUGAUGGUCACUAACCUAAUGGAGGGAGGAAGAAACAAGUGUCAUCAGUACUGGCCAGACUCUGACUCUGUGUAUUAUGGGCCAUUCAAAGUGACGCUCAUUGAUAAGCAAGUAUUACCUGAUUAUACUGUCAGGGAGCUACAGUUGAUUUUAUUGGGUUCAGAUCAACCUCCAUUGAUGAUCACACAAUAUCAUUUCACAUCAUGGCCUGAUCAUGGAGUACCUGAAUAUGCAACAUCAAUACUUCAGUUUCACCGUAGAAUUAAGAAUGAAUACAAACCUACCAAAGGACCGAUGCUAGUACACUGCAGUGCUGGUGUAGGUAGGACUGGUACAUUCAUGGCUAUAGACAUGGGACUACAACAGGCAGAGAAGGAAGGAGGGAUUGAUAUUAUAAGUAUUAUCAAUAGAAUGAGACAACAGAGGAUGUUCAUGGUUCAGACGAGGGUAAGAUGUGGUAAUACUCAAAUUGAUAGUUGGCAGGCUCGCUCGAUGAUCGGAAAGCUGAGUGAACAGGAUCCAGAAACUGGUCAAACUGGUUACAACAAGCAAUUUACAGUAUUGGAGCAGGUAACUCAAAAACCAGAUGAAGUGACACAUAAUAUUGCAUCACAGAAUAAAGACAAAAACAGAUCAACUCAAUUCCUACCUCCUGAUAAUCACAGAGUGGUACUUAAAGGACAGCAACCAAACUACAUCAAUGCAGUUUAUGUUGAUAGUUACAAGGAGAGAAAAGCAUUCAUUAUUGCAGAGAGUCCAAUGUUUAGCACAGUCAGAAACUUCUGGAAGAUGAUUGAGGACAUAAAUGUGACUGCUAUUGUAAUGCUAUGCCAAGAAAAAGAAAAUGAUGAAGAGGUCUGCUAUAAAUACUGGCCUACAGAAGCAACUGAAGUGAUAUUUGGAGAGUACAGCAUUAAGUUAUUGAAUGAAGAGCUUUAUGACUUAUAUACUGAGAGAACCAUUGAAAUCAAGAACAAGAUGAAAGGUGGCUCCAGGCAUAAGGUAGUACAGUAUCAGAUAACUGGUUGGGAGCCAAAUGGAGAAGUGACUUGUCACCAGGCUAUACUAAUGAUAUUAGAAGAAAUGAAUAAAACACAAAGAAGAAGUGGAAACACAAGCAUUGUAGUACACUGCAGUGAUACAGUUGGUCGUUCAGCAAUGUUUUGUGCAGCUGCUACAACAAUUAAUAAAUGUAAAACUGAAGGAGUCAUUGAUGUAUUUCAAGUACUCAAAAGUCAACGUAUUCAAAAACCAGGCAGUGUACAGACUGUUGAACAAUACAAAGGAAUAUUUGAAAUUGUUCAAAUCUACUUGGACUCUUUUAUGUUGUACUCAAAUUUCUCUUCAUAAAAUAAACGCUUUAAUACUAUACACACACAAUGUAAAUCACUGCUUCAUUUUUAUUUUAUAUUUUUACAAUGUUGUUUUAUUUACAAAGUACCAUAUUCUUAUUGCUAUAAAUACAUUAUUGUUCUGUUUCA